CAUCCCUGGAAUUUUCAUCGCCGUGUGUGCCUGUCAUCGCUGACAGUAAAUCUUCAAUCGAAUCGUAAUCAAUGAUAUUUUUUUUUCUUUCUUCUGUUAACCAACAACGCGUGUAGAACCACCCACUAUCCAAGCCAGUUGGAGUGUGCUCCGUACCGUGUGUCGUGCCACAGUGUGUUUAGUUGCCGAGUCCGCCCCGGCCCCACCAACAAGUGAGCAGCAGCGAGCCACGAGCCGCGAAAUGGUGUCGAAAAACCAAUUUCAGCAACAGCAGCAGUCAAACUGGGGGAUGCAGCAGUAUCCGCAACAGCAGCACCAGCAGCAGUACCAACAGCAAAACCAACAGCAGCAGUACUACCAGCAGCAGCAACAGCAAAGCCCACAGCACCAGCAGCGCCAGAACAAUGCCCGCGCCGCGGCUGCUCCAUACAGGAAGCCCUUCCGUCCGGGGAACAACAACAGCAACAAUAAUAAUAACGGCAACAACAACAAUAACCACGGCGGAGGAGGAGGAGGACACGGCAACAAUAGCAAUGGAAACGGGAACAAUGGGAACGGCAACGGGGGCGGCGGCCAGAUGAUGUACAACUCGUGUCAGAUGCCCGAUCCGCUGUACAUCGACUUCAACAGCCCCGCGCCAGGAGCCGGCAACAAGAACCAGAACCAUCAUAUGGGCAACUCCAACGAGGGACCCAAGAAGAAACCGCUGAAGGGCAACAAACAGCAGCAGCAGUUCCAGCAGCAGGGUAAGAACAACCAAGGCAACCAGAACAAGCAGCAACAGUUCAACAACCAGAUGAACGGCCACAAUAACAGCAACAGCCACAACAACGGUGGAGGCGGCGGCGGCGGGGACUGGCAGCAGAAGCAGCAGCGCUUCCCUGGCCCGCACCAGCAACAGAUGAGUCCUAACCGAGGCGGCGGCGGCUUCAACGGCGGUUUCCAGAGAGGGCCGCCGCCAAACAGGCCACCCGGUCGCCACAUGAUGCCACCAAUGGGUCCAAUGGGACCCAUGGGACCAGGUCCAGGACCCCGUGGCGGUCUCGGACCAAUGCCGCCGUUUCCGCCGAUGCCGUUUCAGCCCGGCAUGCCAGGCAUGAGGGGUCCAAUGCCGCCAAUGGGUGGACCACCGCCAAUGCCGCCUCAGCACUUCAUGAGGGGGCCGCGAGGACCACGGCCUGGUGGACCUGGUCCUGGCCCCAUGGGACCGAUGGGUGGACCACCGCCUCCGCCGCCAAUGCACAUGAUGGGUCCACGAAUGCCGCCGCGCAUGCUGCCGCCCAACGGACCCUUCAUGGGCCCCAUGAACAUGAACGGCGGGCGGAUCAAGAAGCCCAAUCCCAAGCUGGUGAAGCAGGCGGUUAAGGGCAAGAGCAGCAUCCGGACGCUGAAGAACCUAAUCAACCAGUACCCCAUCGACAAGCCCUGGGUGACCGAGGAGAUUCGCGACGAGCAUGCCAAGAAGGUGGACAUCGAGAACCGGCUGAAGGGCCACAAGGACGACGACCUGUUCGCGCAGUUUAAGGUGCAGCGCGACAAGUUCGUGGCUCUCUAUGAGGGGGCCCGCGAGGAGUAUCUCAAACAGGAGGCGGCCAGCGUAAUGGCCAAGGAUGCCAAAUCAGACAAAGACAAAAACGCAAAUUCAAAUCAGAGCGCCGCCGCCGCCCCUAAGGCCGAAAGCGCUGCUAAAGAUGCAACAAUUCCAAAUCCCUAGGCAGCCAAUGCAAACCGAAAACGAAUCCGUAUCCGUAUCCGAAUCCGAAUCCGAAUCCGAGUACCGAAUCAAAUCAAAUAAAACCGAAUCAAGAUCGAUCUGGUCGACGCACGGAUCCGCACGUCACACGUUCUUUUGCGACUGAGAACUGAGCUUACAAGAAAUAAAUUAAAGGAUAUCAAAUGAGAAAUGUAAUAAUGUUUAUAGCGUUCGGUGAUCGCCACAUCGAUCAGUAUCUGGACGAUGAUCGUGUUUAUGUUAAAUUGUAUCUAUAAAGCUAACGAUUAUGAUGAUUAUUGUCUUGAUAGCGCGACUCACCUUUUUGCUAACGAUGAUUGUUAAAUGUGACGUAACGUAACGUAACGCAACGUAGAGUAACAUAUUAAAUUGUAUUAAUAUUAAACUUAAUCGUAACGUAAAGAGAGGCGUUGUUUAAAUCGCUGUUUCCCCAUUCAAAAAUCCUCUUUUUUCCCAGCCCAAGCUGAAGCAAUAUCUAUACUUGAUUUAUACACAUUACCAUAUACGCUCUUAGCUACAUAUAUGCCUAUAUAAAUUUAUAUAAAUAAUUAUAUGAUUAUUAUUAAAUAUUCCCUGCCCGAGUGCUUGAUCGCCGAGAGAGAGAGAUGGAGAGCGAGAGAGAGCAGCGCAUGUCCAAGUGCUCGGGCAAAAUUCACUCUGUAAGCAUUGGAUUAUUAAAAAACUUGAUUGUAUUUUUAAAUUAAUUCUUAAAAAUUACAAAUUAAGAAGAUCAAACUGUGAACGUGUUAUCGAUGGUGUGCAUCUAAGGAUUUGUUUUUGUGUUUUCUUCCCCAGUCCAAACAUCCCUUCCAGAAUCUUUUCCUGUCCGUAGAG